AUGAACGUCCUACGAGCAAGCUGCUUCCGCCAGUCGGCCUUACGAUACCUCAGAACCGCUUCGGUCUCGACAACAGCAACUCCAGUUGCAUCUUCCUCAACCAGCGUACAUCCCCCGUCGAACACACAGGAUGCCCUGAACCACCUCCGUGCUCAACCCUCACACUACGUGAUUGCAUCUCUCAUGGGCCGGCGAUACUUGCUUGCACCGCGUGAUCUGCUGACUGUCCCGAGAUUGAAGUCUGCACGGGUCGGCGACCGACUGUCUCUAUCACAAAUUCAUGAGGUCGGCUCACGUGAUUACACUCUUCGUGGAGACGACAAUGGCACGGAGGCACUCCCACAAGGAGUCGUAAAUGUCGAAGCUACAGUCGUCGAGCAUACUAAAGGCGCGAUGGAACGCAUAGUCAAGUUCAAGCGCAGGAAACAUUACCAAAAGACCAUCGAGCAUAAACAGCCGUAUACACGCCUACGUAUUGGCCCCAUUAGAUUUGGAAGCCCAGUGGAGGUGGAGCAAAGAAAGGAAGUUGAAAGUUUAUAG